UUUAGCGGGCAUUUCAAGUGGCUCCUCUACAACAGGGCGGUGCCUUCCUUAAUCCAAGAGGGGCCUCAGUGCGGGCUGGUGGCGCUGUGGAUGGCGGGCUCCCUCCUCAGUCUGUCCCAGGACGUCUCCCUGGAGAGGAUCGUGCAGGUGGCGCUGGAGAGAGGCUACACCGCCCAAGGGGAAAUGUUCUCAGCGGCUGACAUGGCCCAGCUGGCCGAGGAGCUGUUCCAGUGCCGGGCCGAGCUGCUCUCGGGAGGUCUCGAGGGAGAGAACCGAGGCAGGAUCCUUCGCCAUCUGACCGCUGGCUGCCCCCUGCUACUGCCCUACGACGAGGACUCCAACCACGAGCCCUGCAGGAGACGCGGCUACAAAGCCCACUGGGCCGUCGUCUCAGGACUCCUGCUGGGCCUCAGGGGCGGCGCCCUCAGCCCGGCCUGCCAGGAGGACGGGGAGAUCUCCGGCCUCUUCCACCCCAGCCCGGCCUGCCCCCCGCCUGCCCCGGAGGACGUGCUGGAGAUCUACCUGCUCUCCAAGCAGGGCAAGAGCUGGCGCCCCCAGCUGUGGAGCUACCGGCAGGCACACGAGAGCAACGCCCAGCUGACCGACUUCUGCCCCAAGCGGGCGGGCGACGGCAAGGUCUACAUGGUGCCCGCGGGAGGCGUGAGGGCAGGGCUCUGCGGCAAGACCGUGCUGCUGCACCCACGGACCGCACCGAGCGCCCUGCCCCAGCCAGCUGGGCCAUCCCCUGCUGCCGAGCGCUAGGAGCCACCGGAGCGCCCGCCUGCUGCAAACUCCCUGCAGCCCUUGGGCCUGCCCAUGUUACAAGGGACAGCGGGGCCUAGUGGGUGGAGCACUGAUCUGGGACUCGGGGGGCCUGGCUCUGCCGCUCUUCCCCGCUCCGUGCCUCAGUUUCCCCUCUGCAAAAUGGGGCCAAUGAUCCUGCCGUCCUUUGCAGAGCGCCUGGAGACGGAGCGGUGCACGGGGAGGGGCAGAGCGUAGCAUACUCCGACCCACUGAGGAGACAGCCGCUGGGGUUAAAGUGCCAGGUGCGGCCCCAGCACCUUUUUGCUGAUGCCCGCCGGGCUGCGGCCAUGGGGGGGGAGCAGCUAUUUCAGGCCCUCUCCAGAGGCGCUGCUGCUCUUCUACCCAGUGACGCUUUUCAGUAUGUCCCAGAUUCCUGGUUUGGGGCCACGGCGCCAGGAAACGGCAGGUACUUGUGGCCGGCUCUGAAAAUAACUUAACGCUUCCUGUCUGCCACCUGCCACUGUUAGCUCUUGAGAGCAGGGACUGGCAGUCGGGGUCUGGGCAGCGCCCGGCACG